AUGGACAUCAUCACAACCAUCGGCGGUGACGAUGACGGUCUCGAUGGGCCAGUCGCCGCCCGCCUACGUGUCAAGAGACUUGUCACCGAAGGCACAUGCUUGCGCUCUGCAGCCAGGCAGCAUUACGAGUAUGCCAGACACAUGUUUGUCUUCUUCGUCGACAACAGAAUCAGCCAAAUCUUCGACAUCUCUGACGACAGUGAGAAGCAAGGCCAGGCUCAACCCAUCGUGCCGCCGCCCACCCUGCGACCUCCGCCGCCGCGGGUUUCGAUCGACAUGCGGCAGUUCUAUGCCGACUACAUCGCGUGCAUCAACAGUGGGAGGCUGGCUGAUGACCUGCACCAAUUCUGCAAGCCGUCAGGGGUCGUGUGGAAUGGCACUCGUUUGUCGGUGCAGCAGUACGGGGAUAUGAUUCAGGCAAGCCUCGACGCUAUCUCGGGGCUCUUCUUUGACAUUCACACCCUGGUGGUCGACCAAGCCCGACAGCAGUUGGCAGCCCGGAUCGAGUUCACUGGAACACCUGUCAAACCAUAUGCCGGGGGAGUCCCCAGCGGACGACAGGUUACUUUCGCCGAACAUGUCUUUUAUUGGCUGGAGCAGGGGAGGAUAUCGGAUGUCUUGUCGAUUGUCGACUGGGAGGAGUACAGGUCGCAUCUUGCUCGGUGA